AAAGGCACUGAGAAAACUUUCGAGACAGUCGUCGACGAAGACGACGACGUGGUGUGCAAUUUCGAACAGGCAGGCAGGCGAUCGGGCUGCGGUCGGCUAAAGGUCCAUUGGGUCUCUGCGUGGGGAAUUGGAAGGUGGGGGACGAACAGGUGCAGGGGAGUCGAUCCGAAAGAUGGAUUGGCUGAAGGAUGGCUGGGCGACGCCGUGGAUGAUUAGCAGGAAGUGGCCCGAGGCCAUCACGGGCGAGGAGCUGCAGCAGAGAUUGGAGCUCGUCGAGGAGGCGGCCAAGCAGCCGUGCGGGUCCGGGAAGAGUCACAUUACCAGUUACUUGCAGCAUUUGGCGCUGGCUCUGUGCACGGCCGCUAAGUGGGAGCACGACCACAAGCUCGUCGACAAGGAGGCCUCGCAUUUCUUCUCCAUUCUCUACAGCGCAGAUCUGUCGGAGCAUCUGGAAGCUUAUCUGCAGCACCCUGAGGGCCCCGACGAGACCGAAUUGAACGAUCUCGCCCUCCAUUGCUCGGCAUUCCUCAUCGAUGAAUGCAAGCUCGUGCUGCGCAGCCUCGCCGAGACCGCCAAGGUCGAGCCCCGCAAAGUCACCCAUGGAGUCCACCUUCUCCGUUCCUUGUGCGUAGCCAUUGACAGCAAGACUCCUUUCAAUGAGCAGAUCGCCGACACCCCUCUCCCAGUCUGGCUUCCUUCCCACCCCUUCAGGAGAUUCACCAAUGCGGCCUCGUCUGCCACCGCCGCCGCUGCGACUCAGGUCGAGGAGCAUCAUCACGGCAAGAGGAGCUCUCGCUCUGUGAUAGAGCAUCAGCAUUCUCUGAUCCUCCUCGAGCAGGAGCUCGGGAAGGGCUCCAAGCCCAAGGAGUAUUUGCGGAUUAAGCUGCUUCUCGAGUACUUCGGGAAUGGGUACUCGCUGCCGGGGUUUCAGCUGCUCGUCAGUCUGCUGUACGCCAGUGUGUCGCAGAAGCUGUCGCUGGAGCUCGGGGAGGUGGUUCUCCGAUUUGUGUCUGUAGCAAUUCCGUUCCUCAAAGACCACAAACGGACAACAUUCCUAGCGCCGUGCCUCGAUAUGCAGAGACAUGUCGUGUCGUGCUACAUGUCACAGAAGCUCGAUAAGAUCUCCCUCGCCACCGUGACAAUGAUCAUGAAUCACUUACGAAUCAUCUUCCGCCUUCUGUUGCCAGCCGAAACGGCAGAGUACCUGAUCAUUGACAUGCAGAAGCGUCAGCGCGAUCAGUUCAUUCAAUUCCUCUAUCCGAAUUCUGCUCCGGAGAAAGCGAGCAGCAGACAUUUGUUCAGCUGAAUCCCACUCCAUUAGUUUCUCCAAUGCCGUUUAGAAGCCCUUAUUCUUUCAUAGUAAAUUUGUUUGAAACGAUUUACAUAAUUCGGAAUGUCCAGACGAGUAGCGUUGAGCGAAUAUGCACAACGAGCGCAGCAGAGACUGGAAUUUGCCAGUGAGAGUGAUCGCAAUUUGACUUCCCAUUUUGGAAAAUGUCCUGGUCUGGAUUUUUCCCCCACCGACGAUGAGUCUGAACAUGUAUAGACAUGGUUUCUUGUGUAUAUAAUGAAUCCAACAAUAAAACACUGCAUUCUGCACAUUGAGUA